UCAUCACUGCCUGUCCUGAAGUCUGUCCACUUUAUUCCAAUAACUUACCCCCAUUUAACUUUCUCCCCACUUCAAUUCAUCCCCAAACUUCUCAAAGGACAUUUCUGCUAGAGAGAAAAGAUGAGUUUUUAGGGAGCUUGGAGCAAAUGAGUUAAAACUAAGUCAUUGGGCCAACCUAGAUGGCCAGUAAGUCACCAAGCUAUGAAGAUACAUCCCUGCCCAGUUCAGACCUGGGCCUCACCUCUCUCUCAUGGAUCACUGUACCCCAUCUCUGGGUUCCAUUCCUCCACUGUUUCCCUCUCUAGCAUCCAUACCACACAUGGCCUGCUACAAUGGACUCUUGAAAACAGGUAUGGACUUGUUAAAACUUCCAAAGGAUCAAGUUAAAACUUCAGGUUCAAGGCCCCGUCUCAGGAAUCUCUAAGUUAUCUUUGCAUCCUCAACUCCCAAUAUUUACUCUGCCAACCACAUUAAACUUGGAAUGUUCCCCAGCCAUGUCCUGUUUAUCCCCACCUCUGUACCUCUGCCCAGACUGCCCUCUCCCUCUCCACUGCUCCUUACCUGCUGGGAAAAUCCCCAAACCCAUGUGGUAGGUUAAAUAUGGCCACACAUUUUUAGAACUUACAUCUGGGCUGGUGUUGUGACUUGCUUUGACCAACGGAAUGUGGUGAAAAUGACAUGAUACAAGUUCUGAUGCCCUGGCCUCAAGAGGCCUGUAGCCUCCGCUGGGACCAUCUUGGAACCCCGAGACCAACAUGCCAUGACAAAGCCCAGGACAAAAGAGUGCAGGAGAGCAAGGCCAGUGCCCCAGUUUCCAGCUUACACAUUAGCUGAACAGAGCCAUGUGAAAGACAGCCCAGAUGGCCUUUCCCCGCUACAGGUCCCUGAAACCCAAGAUCCUGACCUGCCUUCUGGUGGGUGUGAGUUUCUCGCUCCUGCAUCACUGGUUCCUCGGCGCCCCCAGGUUUGAACAGGAGCAGAGAUCAGAUGGGUUCCAGCAGGCCCCUGCUGGAAUGUCGCCGUCCAGCCCAGGGCCUCCGUGCGUGGCCAACGCCUCGGCGAAUGCCACGGCCGACUUUGAGAAGCUGCCCGCGCGCAUCCGAGACUUCCUAAGGUACCGCCACUGCCGCCACUUCCCGCUGCUCUGGGACGCGCCGGCCAAGUGUAGGGGCAGCCGCGGGCCCUUCCUGCUGCUGGCCGUGAAGUCGUCGCCGGCCAACUUCGAGCGGCGCGAGCUCAUCCGCCGCACGUGGGGGCAGGAGCGCAGCUACGGCGGGCGCCCGGUGCGCCGCCUCUUCCUGCUGGGCACUCCCGCACCCGAGGACGCCGAGCGCGCAGAGCAGCUGGCGGAGCUGGCCGCGCUGGAGGCGCGUGAGCACGGCGACGUGCUGCAGUGGGCCUUCACCGACACCUUCCUCAACCUCACGCUCAAGCACGUGCACCUGCUCGACUGGCUGGAGGCCCGCUGCCCGCACGCGCGCUUCCUUCUCAGCGGCGACGACGACGUCUUCGUGCACACGGCCAACGUGCUCCGCUUCCUGGAGGCAAAGUCGCCCGACCGCCACCUCUUCGCCGGGCAGCUCAUGAGCGGCUCCGUGCCCAUCCGCGAGAGCUGGAGCAAGUACUUCGUGCCCCCGCAGCUCUUCCCCGGGUCCGUCUACCCGGUGUACUGCAGCGGCGGCGGCUUCCUCCUGUCCCGCCACACGGUCCAGGCCCUGCGCCAGGCCGCCCGCCACACCCCGCUCUUCCCCAUCGACGACGCCUACAUGGGCAUGUGUCUGGAGCGCGUCGGCCUGAAGCCCAGCGGCCACGACGGCAUCCGGCCUUUCGGCGUGCAGCUGCCUGGCGCCCGGCAGCCCUCCUUCGACCCCUGCAUGUACCGCGAGCUGCUGCUGGUGCACCGCUUCGCGCCCUAUGAGAUGCUGCUCAUGUGGAGGGCGCUGCACGACCCAGGGCUGAGCUGUCACCGCGGGCACAGGGUCUCUUGAGGCUGGGAGGUCAGUGUGGGGUGCCGUGGGGGUCAGUCGUGAGGAAACUAGGAAAGGGAGUGACUGGGGAAUCUGGGAAGACAGUAUUGAGAAAGCCUUGGGAAUGUCAAUGUUAAGGGGCCAUGUUUGGGGGAUGGGGCGUCUGAUUAGUAAGUCUGAAGGACAGCGAUUAGCGAGUGAGCUGGGAGAGACCCAGGUUCCAUUCCUGGGUCCGAAAGAUCCCCUGGAGGAGGACGUGGCAACUACUCCAGUAUUCUUGCCUGGAGAAUCCCAUGGACAGAGGAGCCUGGUGGGCUAUGGUCCAUACAGUUGCCAAGAAUCGAACAUGACUGAAGUCACUCACAGGCACACAAGGGUACCUAGAGUCUGUUGUGAACCAAACCUCCAUUGGGGGUGGGGGCUGGGGGGUCGGGUCAGUAACCAGACUCUGAGGAUCAGGCUCCUGACUUAAGGAGCUGCCAGUUGUUGGCAAAAUACAAAAAUCAAGAAAACAGCUUGAGAAUGAGGCAGAAAUGUGUGCUGUCAAGGUCCCAACUAUGUAAGAUGGACAAGAAGGGCUGAGCUUCAAGGAAGAAAGCCUGGAUGAGAAGCCAGGAGCCUGACCUGAUGCCUUCCCUGCCCUCGGGAGGAGGUCCAGUCUUCCCCGCUGUGGACUCCCUCUGGCAUAACCAUGUACUUUGUCACGUGGUCGGGCCCUCUCCCGGCCCUGCAUCUUUGCAAGCUUUGAUCCCUUUACUGGAAAUGUCCACCAGCCAUCACUGGCCAAGUCUCUUGUAUGGAUGAGGAGGCCUGCAAGGGGCAGGGGAGCUGUCCCCCGAACUCUGUUACCCACUUCUUCCUGGGCACACACGUAGACUAUACUUCCCAGACUCCCUUGAAGUGAGUUGUGGGCAUGUGACCAGCCUGUCUUCAUGUCUGUGUAUAGUUGUGAAGAAGACCCCGCCUGAACCCAGGCCUCACUUGUGCUGACUUUCUCCUUCCCCCGAUUGGCACAUGGAUGAGCCUAUAACCUUGCUGAUGCCUGGGUUCCUCAACCUUGGCACAGUUGCCAUUCUGAGUUCUUUGCUGUAAAGGGCUGUCCUGCGCAUUGGAGAACAUUUAGUCAUAUCCCUGUCCUCUGGCUGCUAGAUGCCAGCAUCACAUCCCAAGUUAUAACAACCGAAAAUAUCUCUGAAGUUUGCCAAAUGUACCCUGGUGAGUGGGGCUUCCCUGGUGGCUCAGACGGUAAAGAAUCUGCCUGCAAUGCAGGAGGCCGGGGCUCCAUCCCUGGGUUGGGAAGAUCCCCUGGAGAAGGAAAUGGCUACCCCCUCCAGUAUUCUAACCUGGAGAUUUCCAUGGACAGAGGAGCCUGGCAGGCUGGGGUUGCAAAGAAUUGGACAUGGCUGAGCGACUUUCACUUUCACCCUGGUGAGCAAAGUCACCUCUAGUGUGAACCACUGACCUAGAGGAAGGCAGGAAAACAAGAGGGCUUCCCAGUUCACUGCAGGGAGCAGGGCUGCUUGUGGACUAACCUGGAAUACUCAGCUCAAACUACUGAGAGGAACAAAAUAAACUUUUAUGUUUUUUGAGCCUCUUGGAUUUUGUUGACACUUUGUUAGGGCAACCUUGGUAACGUAAUGUGUCCUCUCUGAUCCCUGUUUCCACCCAACCAGACUGGCUGCUCCCAGAGGGAGGGACCAUGUCUGAAUCACGUCCAGUGAUAACCCAUGGAGGGAGGCCUGGCAUCCCGCAGGCUCACUCUUGGCUUGGGAGGUGGAAGGAGCAGGAGGAAGAGGCACCGUCCAAGCAGCCUUUCUGCAGUCCUGGACAUGGAUCCCCAGGAGCCAUGGCCACUUGUCCCUUGCCGGCCUUGCUUCUGAGCAGGGUCUGGCUCAUAGUAAGUACUUCCUAAAUGCUUUAGGGGUGAAAAAAUGAAUGGAUGGUGCCCAUCUGUCCCAGUGGUAUGAACUGUAUCCAUCAGGACAGUGUACUAGUUUCCUAUCAUGGCUAUAACAAAUUGCCACGGAUUUUGGGGCUUAAAGAUACAUGCAUAGUUAUUAUCUUAUAGUCCUACAUAUCAGAAAUCCAAAAUGAGUCUUGCUGGGCUAAAAGUCAAGGUGUCAGGCCUGCAUUCCUUCUGGAAGGUUCCAGGGCAGAAUUUGUUCCCCUGCCUCUUUCAACUUCUAGAGACUGCCCACAUUCCUUGGUUUGGGGCUUCCUUCCAUCUCCAGAGGCAGCAGUCACAUCACUCUGACCUCUGCUUCCCUUGGACCCAUGUCUUCUGACUCUCCUGCCUUCCCUUUCAUUUAUAAGGAUUCUUAUGAUCACACUGGGUCUGCCUGCAUAAUCCAAAAUUAUCUUUCUGUCUUAAAGUCCACCAAUCAGCAACCUUCAUUAAUUCUUUUUUUUUUUUCCAUGUAACCUAACAUAUCCAUAGCUUUCAGGGAUUAGGGCCUAGACAUUUUUUUUGGCAGGGACAUUAUUUCACUUACCAUCAGUCAGUCAGUCAGAUUCAGUCACUCAGUCAUGUCUGACUCUUUGCGACCCCAAGGACUGAAGCACGCCAGGCCUCCCUGUCCAUCACCAACUCCCAGAGUUUACUCAAACUCAUGUCCAUUGAGUCGGUGAUGCCAUUCAACCAUUUCAUCCUCUUUAGUCCCCUUCUCUUCCUGUCUUCAAUCUUUCCCAGCAUCAGGGUCUUUUAAGAUGAGUCAGCUCUUUGCAUCACGUGGCCAAAGUAUUGGAGUUUCAGCUUCAACAUCAGUCCUUCCAAUGAACACCCAGGACUGAUCUCCUUUAGGAUGGACUGGUUGGAUCUCCUUGCAGUCCAAGGGACUCUCAAGAGUCUUCUCCAACACCACAGUUCAAAAGCAUCAAUUCUUCGGCGCUCAGCUUUCUUUGUAGUCCAUCUCUCACAUCCAUACAUGACCACUGGAAAAACCAUAGUCUUGACUACAGACCUUUGUUGGCAAAGUAAUGUCUCUGCUUUUUAAUAUGCUGUCUAGAUUGGUCAUGAAAUUUCUUUCCAAGGAGUAAGCAUCUUUUAAUUUCAUGGCUACAAUCACCAUCUGAAGUUAUUCUGGAGCCAUCAGUUAGUCAGUCAGCUACUGUUUCCACUGUUUGCACAUGUAUUUGCCAUGAAGUGAUGGGACCGGAUGCCACAAUCUUAGUUUUCUGAAUGUUGAGCUUUAAGCCAACUUUUUCACUCUCCUUUUUCACUUUCAUCAAGCGACUCUUUAACAGAGAAGAAAACAAGAAUCCUGAGGCCAGGAGAGGACACCGCUGCAUCUUUGGAAAAGUCUGAAUUCUGUGCUUUGGCAGCUUCCUCCCAUUUCCCUGACAGUCUGAUGGAUUAUCCCCACUUGACGGAUAAAAAGAUUAAGAGUCCGGGACCUCACAGCUCAGAAGGAUCAGAACACCUCAUUUAUAGGCCUAUUUUGUCACUCUGGGUCCUGGUCACCCCCUCUCGGAAGCUGGGCUGCUCACGCACCAGGCCCAGCAAAGGCCCAGGGCACACGCAGCCCUGGCACCUCUUGAUGUCACCCGGUUCCCUCCCCUCACCUGGCCCUGAUCACCCGUCCCCACCGAAGCCUGCCUGGCUCACAGGCUCUUUUGAGAUCCGCAGCCACCAGGGGGCGCGCUCUGCACACCAUUUCCUCGCGGUGGCGGCGGCUGGUCCUUGGAUCGGGAAACUCUGGGCCCUGGGAGUCUGCGCUGCCACCUCCCUUCGCUAGGCUAGCCUAGCUGACAAGAACCCCACGAGUAAGGAAAAUGAUACGCCUGUCUCACUAACAAACACAGAUGCAAAAUUCUACACGAAAUGCUAGUACACAAUGUGGCAAUAUGUAAAAAGGAUGACAUAGCACCUAGACGGAUUUAUCUCAGAAAUGUGAAGUGGGCCUAGCAUUAGAAAAGGAAUCAGAAUAUAUAAUAAAAAAGGAAUAUCCAUCAAUGUGGUAAAUCACAUCAAGAGAAAUAUGAAUCUCUCAGAUGUGGGGCGGGUGGAGGGGGAAUUUGUGAUAAAAUUCAGCAUCCGUUUGUGAUUUAAAGAAAAUCUUAGUGAAAGGUGGAAGCAUUUCCUUUGAGUCUGAAAAGACUACAUGUGCCCAUCAUCACCACUGUUCAACUGUCCAAGGCUUGAGAGCACAGCAAGAUAAGGUAAAGGUUUAAAAUGAUACUGAGGUAAUUCCCUGGAGGUCCACUGAUUAGGCCUUUGCCCUUUCACUGCAGAGGAGUGGACCCCCCAAAAAUUGUUUUUUAAUGAUAAUGACUUGAAAAAAAAUUAUGAAAACUUCAGAGGUUUGUAACCCUAUUAGAUCCCAUUUCUCCAUAAAAUUAAUGCUGU